AUGAGUGUUUCCAAUGCGGUUACCCGCGCAUUGUCCGCCAUCUCCAACCCAACCCUCGAUGACCCUAUCCACCAAUGCAGCGACCAGCUCACAAAUCCUCUUUUGAAUGACGUCAAUGGGGCCCUUGAGCUUGCCGACGCGAAACUACGCGUCUUUCCUUUCAAAGAUGUCCAGACCUGCUGGAGGCGCCUCUAUACCGACGCGUCGAUCCUGAAAGCAUGCCUUAUCAUUAUAUCUCGCUGCGGGCUUAGCCAGCAGGGUGACCUUGCUCAUGGGCAUGAAAUCAACGCCUCCGAGCUGAUUCAAGAACUGCAGGAUGUGGAGAUGGAAACCGGUAUUGAUCCACAAGCAGCUUGGCUGGACGAGGUUGUGCAUACCCUGGAUAGAGCGUUGAUCAUGACCGGUGCUCCGCGGCGGGAGGCGGUCAUUGAGUCCCUGCUUGGGGCGUUACAGGAAGCUACAGAAGGCAAUUCCGAGGGAGAGGAGUCCACAGGCCAACCACAUCUGGAGCAUCCGGUUACACGCCUGUCAGCCCCUUCCUUCGAAGAGAUCCAGGAUCACAUCGAGGAAGUCCGCACUCCGCUCGUGAUCACCGACGCAGUGGACCAUUGGCCUGCCAUGUCGACCCGACCAUGGAAGUCGCGCGAUUAUUGGUGGGGCCGUACAUUCGGGGGCCGCAGGCUUGUGCCUGUGGAAGUCGGCAGAUCCUACACAGACGAAGGAUGGGGUCAGAAGAUCAUGGAGUUUCGGGAAUUCGCCGACACCUACAUCUGGAAUGGUGAUCUUGGCAUCAAGAGCCCACAAAAGAAGGCCAACAACCCGGAAGUCCACGAAACGGGUUACUUGGCCCAGCACGACCUGCUUUCCCAAAUCCCGGCCCUGCGCAAAGACAUUGGGAUCCCGGACUACUGCUUCAUUGACCCACCAGGCCCUGAGCCUGGCACACCGGUCUACGAAAGUAAACAGCGCGAACGGGACGCACGCAAAGAGUCUCAGAAGGGACCAGCUGACCCCGAUCUUCCUGCCGGGGCGAGCUCCCCGAACGCCGAAGACAAUGAACUGGACGCAGAGUCGCCCGUGGGGAUCCCCAGCAAUCCAAUAAUCAACACCUGGAUGGGUCCCCUGUGGACCAUCUCACCGCUUCAUCAUGACCCUUACCACAAUGUGCUCGUGCAGGUGGUCGGCACAAAGUACAUACGGCUGUACUCGCCGCGUACGCCUGCAUCGCAGAUCCACCCUCGCGGCAAAGAAGUGGUAACAUCUAGCGAAAAAGGCGGACCGCCGGACGCAAAUCCCAGCGAGAAGCUCAUCGAUAUGUCCAAUACCUCCAAGGUUGAUGUGGCCGCCAUUGAACUUUCACCUGCAGAAGCGGAUCAGUGGGAAGAGCUGUGGCCAGGGUUUCUGCAGGCGCCGUAUGUGGAGACGGUCCUACAUGAAGGGGAGUCUCUCUACAUCCCUGUCGGGUGGUGGCACUAUGUACGUGGGUUGCGGGGAGGGGUGAGCGUGAGUUUCUGGUGGGAGUGA